UGCGUUCUUUCUUGUUAUUUGGUUCUCUCUCCAUUUGUCUGUGUGUAUGUUUACCUGCAGUCAGUAUGACGUCUAAACGUGUUAAACUGUCGUUCCAGCGGCGUGAGGAGAGCACUGCCAGCCACCACUGCUGUGUGCCACGAUGUACAGCGUCUGCUAAGUUUAACUCUGUUCUCAGUUUCCACACAUUCCCCAGAGACAAAGAAACAAGGAGGAAGUGGUUAACUAAUAUACGACGAGAGCACUGUACGCUUACAAACAACACCAGAGUCUGUAGCCUACAUUUUCAAAGCUGUGACCUGAUCCAGCCGUCGUCUCCAUGUGGACGCAGACGUCUGAAGAACGGAGCCAUACCAGUGCGUUUUCACUGGAACAAUUUCACUCCCGCAGACCCGCACAAUCCAGUCUGGGAAGAACCAGAGCGACCGAACCGAACCUUCGAUCACGAUUACUGCAGAAAAACCAAACCUUACGUACUGGAUUCAUCCCCGGAUCACAUCGUUGGUCCGAGUGGAAAGGUCUUCGAUAGCAAGUUCUGUUUGGAGCAGUUUGACUCUGAUGAGGACAUCAGGUUUUACACAAGGUUUGCCAGUCACGCCCACCUGAUGGCGUUUUGGAGGCAGAUAGAGCCGGCCACGCGCAACAUCAGUUACGUAUCCACAGCGUGCUCUGUAGGUGAAACUGAUGACGGCCCUUACACCGUCACCAAAACGCUACUGCAACCCAUUGAUCAGUUCUUUCUUUUCAUGAUUUACUUGUCGUUGGGUCUGAUGCCCAAGGAUCUGGCCCAUAGAUUCAGAAUCCACCAGUCAACCGUAUGCAGGAUCAUCCACAUUUGGGCUUACUUUCUUUAUACUCUACUUGGAGGUGUGAGCAUCUGGCUGGACGAGGAGGUCGUCAGCGCUCACCGGCCACACGUUUUUGAACAGUUCCCAGAUACACAUGUGAUCUUGAAUUGCAUGGAAGUGCACUGCCAAACACCAAACCCCCGUCACCUUAAGAGUGAAUCCUUCUCUAGUUAUGAGUCAAAGUGCACGUUCAAAGGAUUGAUCGGGAUGGCCCCUCACGGUGCAGUUACAUUUGUGUCCUCACUUAAUGAAGGCGCCAUAAGUGAUAGAGAGAUUCUGCAGCAAUCUGGCAUUUUAUCGCUCCUAAAACCAACAAUGGCGCUCAUUAUAGACAAGGGUUUCCAUGUGAGAGAGUGUGUGCCUUGCAAAGUCCACACAGCUAGCUUCCUGUCUAAGAGAGAAGCGCUGUCUCAGCCAGAGGUCGUUAAAACACAGUCUGCAAGGCUGAGAGUCCAUGUGGACAGUCUCAUCCAGAGAGUGAAGCAGCACCAGAUAUUCUCUACAGUAAUCCCAUUUUCACUCUCUGGCAGCAUCAAUCAACUCUACACUGUAGCUUGUCUCUUGGUCAACUACCAAAAUGGGCCCCAAGUGAAAGCAUAGAAAAGCUAACACUAUUUAGCUGGUUGGGAGCUAUUAAGAUACAUUUGACCCGCCAUUGCUGCAAAUAAAAGAAACGCUGCAAAUAAAAGAAACGCUGCAAAUAUAAAGGAACCCCGCUGCAAAUAAAAUAAUAAACGCCGCUGCAAAUAAAAAAAAA